AUGUCAUCAAUGAAUAUUUUGCUUUUCAUUUGCGUCUUCUUCCAUUCGAUCCUCGCCACCACCGAAAGACCGAUCGGACAAUGUGCCCUGAUUAAGUGUGGCAAGAAUCAGAUUUGCAACGAGUGCGGGAUCAGGUGUGAAAAGAAAUGUUGUCAGGAGUCUGUGAUUUGCCCUCGUAUCUGCUUACCACAUGGCCACGCAUUAUGCCAAUGCAAGUCGAAUUAUUUCCGCAAUCCAUCCGGCAAAUGCGUGAGCGAGGCUGAGUGUCGAAAGAAAGUCGGAUGCCCUAACACAACUGUCACUCCGAUUUUGCCAGGGAAA